CAGUCUUCGGCCGCACGGGUUGGGGAGUAGCUUCUAUAGCAAGAUGGCGGUGAGCGGCCUCAGCCGAGCUGGUGCUGCGGCCAGCACCGCGGUGAAACCCAUUUUCAGCCGGGACAUGAACGAGGCCAAGCGGAGGGUGCGCGAGCUCUACCGCGCCUGGUAUCGGGAGGUGCCGAACACUGUGAACUUAUUCCAGCUAGACAUCUCUGUGAAACAGGGACGGGAUAAAGUCCGAGAAAUGUUUUUGAAGAAUGCCCACGUCACAGACCCCAGGGUGGUCGAUCUUCUGGUCAUCAAGGGGAAGAUGGAACUGGAGGAGACGAUUAACGUGUGGAAGCAGCGGACACAUAUUAUGCGGUUCUUCCACGAAACAGAAGCGCCUAGGCCAAAGGAUUUCCUGUCCAAGUUCUACGUUGGCCAUGACCCAUGAAGUCACUCAGUGGAAAGGUGCAUGUUGAUAUUUAAAUCCUUUGGAGCACAAAUAAACUCAGUAUAUGAUGCGCACUUCA